AUGUCCAGUGGCAAGAAGCAUACCCGCGACGCGGAAGGGGACGAGGUGAGGCGGUCGAAGAAGGUCAAGACUGACACCGCCUCAACAGCCCCCGAAACCAAUGGCGAUCUUGACGGACUAAAGGAAGAGAAGAAGCGGAAGAAAGACAAGAAGGAGAAGAAACAUAAGAAAGAAAAGAAGGAGAAGAAGGACAAGAAAGAGAAGAAGCGAAAGGAGCUUGCUGACGGAGAGACUGCUGCACAAGAGCCCGAGGCUGACCAAGUCGUCGAGAAACCCAAAAAGUCAAAGAAGUCCAAGGAUAAGAAGCACCAGGAGCGGGAACAGGCACCAGAGAAACCAUCUACUGCUAAUGGUGAGGACUCUUCUUCUUCGGCGCCGUACUCCUACAAGCAAAGCGAUGCCCUCACCGCCGUGCCCGAGUCCGAGGUCGAAGAAUUCCUGAAGACAAACCAAAUCACCGUCAGCGAUCCCUCGAAUCCGACCAAUCUUCGCCCGAUCCUUAAAUUCUCUCAAUUGCCCCCCUCUCGGCUUCUUUCGAAAGGCCCCUUUGCAAACUUCACCACGCCGACACCCAUCCAGGCUGCUUCGUGGCCCUAUGCAUUAUCAGGCCGCGACGUAAUCGGUGUCGCCGAGACUGGCUCCGGCAAGACUCUCGCAUUCUCUGUACCGUGUGUUGAGGCACUGCAAGCUAUCAAAGAUGAGCACAACAAGUCUACCAAGGGGGGCCAGGCGCUGGCGGUGAUAGUAUCCCCGACCCGCGAGCUGGCUAUGCAGACCCAUGCAGCUAUCUCAGACCUUGCGAACCUUGUUGGUAUGUCUGCCGUCUGUCUAUACGGCGGUGCGUCGAAGGACGACCAAAGGAACCUCCUUCGCAAGAAGUCUGGCGCGCACAUCAUCGUGGCUACACCCGGACGACUGAAGGACUUCCUCAAUGAAGGCGCAGUAUCGCUAGAGAAGGUGAAGUUUGCUGUGCUGGAUGAGGCCGAUCGAAUGCUCGACAAGGGAUUUGAAGAGGAUAUCAAGCUCAUCUUGGGCCAAUGUCCGCCCAAGGAGCAGAGACAAACACUCAUGUUCACUGCCACAUGGCCCACGAGUGUUAGAGGACUAGCAGAAAGCUUCAUGGUCAACCCAGUCAAGAUCACAAUCACCAGCGGCAACAGGAAAACCUUCGAUGAUGGCGAGGGCGGCACUAUAGAGCUGCAGGCAAACUCAAGAAUUACACAGACAGUGGAAGUCGUGGACCCCAGGGGCAAGGAGCAGCGACUACUCCAGAUCCUCAAGCAAUACCAGCGCGGUACGGCGCAGAAUGACCGUAUCCUGGUCUUCUGUCUGUACAAAAAGGAGACGGUCCGUGUGGAGCAGUUCUUACAACAACGAGGUGUCAAGGUUGCCAGUAUUCACGGCGAUCUGAGACAGGAGCAAAGAACUCGCAGUCUAGAAGCCUUCAAGGCCGGUACGACAAGCGUUCUGCUGGCUACUGAUGUUGCGGCUCGAGGUCUGGAUAUUCCUGAGGUCAAGCUAGUCGUGAAUCUGACCUUCCCGCUCACCAUCGAGGAUUAUGUCCAUCGUAUUGGCCGUACAGGCCGCGCCGGAAAGACCGGUGAAGCUAUCACACUCUUCACAGAGCACGAUAAGGCUCAUUCUGGAUCUCUGAUCAAUGUCCUUCGAGCCGCCGAUCAGCCCGUUCCGGAUAACCUAUUGAAGUUCGGUACUACCGUUAAGAAGAAGGCCCACGAUACAUAUGGUGCCUUCUUCAAGGAUGUAGAUAUGAGCAAGAAGGGCACAAAGAUUACAUUUGACUAA